CCUCAGCUAACAUGGCGGCUCCCUGUGCGUCUUGCGCCCGAGCACUUUCCUACCGGUUCUUUCUCGGGGCUAGGGUUAGCCUCGCCCCAAGGCAAGAGUAUUGGAAAACCACUGCAGCAGACUUGCAGGCAAGUACCGGAUCCCAGAUAUUAAAGCCAAUACAUACCACAGUUAUUACAACAAAGAAAAAUGUUCCGGCCUUAAGACGUGAAACAUACACACAGGAUUUUAUUAAAAAGCAGAUUGAAGAGUUCAACAUAGGAAAAAGACAUUUAGCCAACAUGAUGGGAGAAGAUCCAGAAACUUUUACCCAAGAGGAUAUUGAUAGAGCUAUCACUUACCUUUUUCCAAGUGGUCUGUUUGAGAAACGAGCCAGGCCAAUAAUGAAGCAUCCUGAACAGAUUUUUCCAAAACAAAAAGCAAUCCAGUGGGGAGAAGAUGGCCGUCCAUUUCAUUUUCUCUUCUAUACUGGCAAACAAUCUUAUUAUUCAUUAAUGCAUGAAGUAUAUGGAAAGCUACUCCAGUUAGAAAACUACAAAGGUCCUCUUCCAGAAAAGACUGAAACCAAAGACCUGAUUGGCAGCAGAUGGCUGAUUAAGGAAGAACUAGAAGAAAUGUUGGUGGAAAACCUGUCAGAUCAAGAUUAUAUGCAGUUCAUUCGGCUACUAGAAAAGUUAUUGACAUUGCAGUAUGGUCCUGCUGAAGAAGAAUUUGUGCAGAGGUUCCGCAGAAGUGUAACUAUUCAAUCAAAAAAGCAGCUGAUUGAACCUGUGCAGUAUGAUGAGCAAGGAAUGGCCUUUAGCACCAGUGAAGGUAAAAGAAAGAGUGCAAAAGCAGAAGCAGUUGUUUACAAGCAUGGAAGUGGAAAAAUAAAAGUGAAUGGAAUCGAUUAUCUUCUUUAUUUCCCAGUCACACAGGACAGAGAACAGUUGAUGUUCCCUUUUCACUUCCUUGACCGACUUGGAAAACAUGAUGUGACCUGCACUGUCUCUGGGGGUGGGAGAUCAGCACAGGCAGGAGCCAUCCGCCUGGCCAUGGCUAAAGCCCUGUGCAGUUUCAUCACCGAGGAUGAGGUCGAAUGGAUGAGACAAGCUGGACUACUUACUACUGAUCCACGAGUCCGAGAACGGAAGAAACCAGGCCAGGAGGGAGCCCGCAGAAAGUUUACCUGGAAAAAGCGCUGAGGCUUUUCACACAAGAGGCGAGGAGCAGUUCUGUGUGUGUGUGUGUGUG